AUGUCACGUAAUCAACUAGCGAAAUGGACGACAACAGAUUCGCAAAGAUGGGCUCACGAAAAUUCAGACCCUCCAGGCCGUGAAAAGUCUACUGAAGAAGAAGAUCUAACUGGUUCAGUCUUCACCGGAUCUGUACAGUCAUUUAUAUUGCCAUUUACUAGAAUUAAUGAAUACUUAACACCAGGAAUUAACGCUAAAUAUCACAACCACUCUAGAACUUUCGAAAGUGGAAUCAACUAUCUGAGCUUAGUUUCCCGUAAUGAUGUUCGAUGUAACACCAUUCCAAACUGUCAGCAUUUUCCUGGUCUAAUGUCAACAUCUUUAACAAAGACAAAUUCACCAAUAAAGCAUAAGUCAAGAUCACUGCGUAAGCAUUCACGUGAAAAAACACUACCAUGUUCAAAUCAAGACGAUAAAACACUCAUGACGUUAGAUUCUAAUAAUGUGUUCAUCAAUCUAAAUGAGUCCAAAUUACAGAUUGCGACAAAUCAGAAGAGCGUACCCCGUUCUAGAAGAUUACCGUCACCAUGUGUUCGUAUGAAAACACUAGAAACGGACACAAAUUAUAAUGUAUCUCUCGAAACAGGUCAGAACACAAGCUCCUCAAACUAUGAUCUUCGACCGAAGCGAUUAAUAGAAACAGAACGCAUGGUUAGACAAGAAUUGGCGUCUGCAAAACAGAAAUCAGCAACCUUCAAUAGUAACAAUGGCAUAGACAGAGAAGAUCGGAAAUCAGCGAUGCAGAAUUCACCAAUACCUCUAAAAAAGUCGAGUUCUAGUGAGAGAAGACAAACAAUUUCUCCAGAUACAAAUACACCUGUGAAUGUUUUAGAAGAAAUAAAUUCAUUUGAAAUGAGUGACAGUGAGACAAACUUAUCUAGAGGAUUGGACAAAACUCGAGUCCUAAGGAAUGGUGAUGAUUUAAUCAGAACUGAUGGAGAUUCGAAGAAUAAUCCUUAUUCUUCUAAUAUUUACAUUAACCGUUCAUUUGACUUGGUAUUUGACGUUUAUAACUUCUGCCUAUUUGAUUAUGAUUUCUUUGAGAUACGAGAGCUUCGAAGCUUUAUAAAUCAAAUACUUGAGGAAGAUAGGGACAACAAGUCUUUAGCCAACUCUCCGAACAGUUUUAAACCAAGUCCAAGAAGAUCGAUGUCUUGUCGUACACUUCCUGAUGCUAUGUACCAAGGCGCUAUUUUCUCUCAACCAAUGGCUGCUGCAGCAGCAGUUGCAGCUAGUGGUGCAGCAGGUGUUGGUAAUUCAGCUCCAUCACCAGUUGCUGCAAUGCUUGGAAAUUUAAUUGGUUGUAAUGAAAAAGAUAUUGUGCAUGCUGUUCAAUCGUCGUCGACGUUAUCAUCGGCGUCGGCGUCGUCAUCAUCAUCAUCAUCAGCAGCAGCAGCAUCAUCAUCUUCGUAUGCCGGAGCAUCGUUAUUACCCAACUCAUCUAGACAUAAUAACUGUUCUGUUAGCAAUAAAUGUGACUCUGAUGCUACUACAGUUAUCAACCGUUGCCCGCAGCAGCAGCAACAACAACAACAACAAAUUUCUACAGUUGAUGAGAAAAGUUCAAACGAUGAUCAUGAAAACGAACAUGGCGGUAGUGGUGGUGGUGGUGUAGGCGUUAGUAAUAAUAGUAAUAAUAAUAAUAAUAAUUCUAUGGAUCAAAAUAAUGUUCAAUCGAAUACUAUCAACACUUCUUCAUCGUCAUCAGAUCGUUGUAAGUGUACAAAUACCUUAUUGGAUAAUAAUCCACAUUCUCUUCAAGAUGCAAUUACCUCAGAUUCAAGCAAUUGGUCCAGUGUAAUAACAACAAUAGCGUCAGCUGCAAAAGCCGCAGCUGCAGCUGCCGUCGCGGCUACAGCUGCAGUAACUGGUGUCGCUAAUUUCUUCCGUCUAACAAAGUUGAAAAAUAAAGUUGAUCCUCAAUUACAAUCAGGAUCAUCAUUAUCAUCAUCAUCAUCAUCCAGUGGGACGCCGGCAUCAUCAUCAUCAACCUCUAGCCCCUCACUUCGGUGUAUUGAUCAGUGUAGAAAUCUUCGGCUGAGUACUACUACAGAUCAAAUGUCUUCGUCUGUUAUUGUUCAUGAUGAUGAUGAUGAGGAGGAGGAGGAGGAGGAGGAGGAGCAGGAAACUGAACUCAGUGGCUGUUUGUCAACUGAAGAAGCUGUAACAAUGACAAGUGCUGCAGCGGGGGCGGCAGCUACAGUCGCUGCUGAACGACACCAGUUGUUUGAAAAUAAUUUUCUAUCUGAGAUGAAUCGUCCAAUAGACCCUUUGACUGCAUCAAUCGCCAAUGCAUCUGUCUCCCCCGGUAUGCAAAACAUAUCUCAACCUUCUUCAGCUUUCGAAGUAUGCCAUUUUCCUGUUGUUUCAAUUGCAAACGUCUUCCCUAAACUAUCACAAGAUGUUACGUCAGAGAAUGCAAAAUUAAAUCCUGUCGGUGUACCGAAUACAGUGACCCUACUUUUAGGUCAGAGUACAACACCACAAACAUCAACCUAUGCUAUUCCUGCUUCAGUCGCUUCUCAUCCUAGUGUUCCAAUGCAAAUUCCUGUUUCUGUUGGAACGCAUUUAACGCCAACGGUUAGUUGUCCACCACAUCGUGGUGGUCCAGCUAAACUGGUUGUCUCUGUAGCCUAUCCAAAUCAAGCUGCUACUGCUGCUGCCACCAGUGUUAGGCCGACAACGUCAAAUCAGUAUAUUGCAUCGAAUCCUGUGAAUAACAGUAAUAAUACACAGACGCCGCAUCUGAUGCCUAAUAAUCAUCAAAUUCAAAUAGUACAUAAAUUUACAGACCCAAAACAAAUAACACGCAAAAAAUGA